AUGCCCUACCGUCGUCGAGUCUUGAAGUGCGGGUUGAGUGCGGGGCCACCUCUUCCAACCACACAAUCUGCUAGUGGCAAGCUUACCUUCAAAACCGGAAUUAUAUUUCCCUCUGUCAGGGUUACUGUUGCCGCAGCAACUCUGUCGACUAGGCGAAUUUCAAUUACACAAGUAGUGGCCCUCUAUUCCAACUGCCUUUGCACAUCUAUGCUAUCUAGUAUAGCUCAGCCUGUCUCCCGUGCCGGCCAGCGUAACCAUGGAACGAAGCCCGUUGAUGACGAUUUGGCUCAAUUGGAAGGAUUUCUGAUGACAAACGUGCUACCCGACGAGGACUAUAUCGGAGGACUCGACAUUCGAAUUGACCGUUUUGGGGAUGUUUCGAAGAAGUUGACGCUCGAAUCUCCGCUGAGGUGA